GCAAUUAAUGGGAAACAAAAAAAUGGAACUGUUGUUUAGUAGCAGCGGGAUGUUUUAGCAGACGGACCAUGGACAACUAGCUAGUUAGCGGCAGCUGGAAAGAAAACUGGACUUACCUUAAACCAACUUGUAAAGUUAUUCAGUCACACUUAGUCUAAUACACAGAUAGCUAAACGGCUCCUUUUAGUUUUAACCGCGUAUUAAUUUGAUUCGGAGGUUUCGUGGGGAAGAUGGGGGUACCGAAAUUUUACCGCUGGAUUUCAGAGCGCUACCCUUGUCUCAGUGAAGUUGUCAAAGAACAUCAGAUUCCAGAAUUUGACAACCUCUAUCUGGACAUGAAUGGGAUCAUCCAUCAGUGUUCCCACCCAAAUGAUGAGGAUGUUCACUUUCGCAUUUCUGAGGAAAAGAUUUUUGCUGACAUCUUCCAUUACCUGGAGGUGCUCUUCAGGAUCGUCAAGCCUCGCAAGGUCUUCUUCAUGGCUGUAGACGGUGUGGCACCAAGAGCAAAGAUGAACCAGCAGAGAGGACGGAGAUUCAGGUCUGCCAAAGAAGCAGAGGAAAAGAUAAAAAAAGCUCUGGACAAAGGAGAGGUGCUUCCCACAGAGUCUCGCUUUGACUCCAACUGUAUCACUCCUGGUACUGACUUCAUGGCAAGACUUCAGGAACAGCUCAAGUAUUUUGUCCACAACAAGCUCUCUACUGACAAGCUAUGGCAGAAUGUCAAAGUCUUCCUGUCUGGUCAUGAGACACCAGGGGAAGGAGAACAUAAGAUCAUGGAGUUUAUCCGCUCUGAGAAUUCCAAGCCGGGACAUGACCCCAACACCCGACAUUGCCUGUACGGCCUGGAUGCUGAUCUGAUAAUGUUGGGUUUAACCAGCCACGAGCCAAAUUUCGCCCUGCUUAGAGAAGAGGUCCGUUUUGGUGGGAAAAAAUCUCAGAAAAGGACAACAGCUCCAGAGGAGACAACCUUUCACUUACUUCAUUUGUCUCUGAUGAGAGAGUACAUUGACUAUGAGUUUGAUGAGCUCAGGAAUCAGAUUGGUUCUGAUUAUGACCUGGAACGAAUAAUAGACGACUGGAUUCUAAUGGGCUUCCUCGUGGGAAACGAUUUCAUCCCUCACCUUCCUAAUCUUCACAUAAACCAUGAUGCUUUGCCACUGCUGUACAAGACCUACAUCAGUGUACUACCCAGCCUGGGGGGCUAUCUAAAUGAGAACGGCCACCUAAACCUCAGGAACUUUGAGAAAUACCUGGAGAAACUUGCUGAGUUUGACCGGGAACAUUUCAACAACGUGUUUGUGGACUUGAAGUGGUUUGAAAGUAAGAUUGGUAACAAGUAUCUGAAUGAGGCAGCUGGACUGGCAGCAGAGGAAGAAGCUGCUAGCAAAGACACCGAAAAGAUGGAGAAUUCUGCCUCCUGCCUUGCACCUCUGAGCUCCUCAGACAAAGUGACUGAAAGAAAGAAAAUGAUGGCAGAAGAUGAGGAAGAGGAUGAUCUGUUUGAAACUGAGUUCAGUCAGUACAAACGCACCUACUAUAUGACCAAGAUGGGAGUGGAUGUGGUGUCGGAGUGA